UUUUUCUUUAUGGUAUUAUAUAUUGUGAAUUUAAUUUUGUUAGCCCUUUCUCAUUAUUAUGAUUAUUUUAAACAGUGAGUACGAGCAGAACAAUAGGAACAUGAACUUCGAUGAUUGGUUUUUCCAUCGAAUCGUGCACAUGCGCAAGAAAAAAAAUUCUCAUGCAAGUAGCGGGUUGUAUUCUUUGGCUAGAGGUCCUUUUGAUGGAGUCCAAAGAUUCAAAGGGUAUGAAAUAAAUGGUUUUAGGUUUCAUACUAAACAAUUGGAAGGAAAUAGAGUAAAACAAAAUAGUGGUGUUUUAGUACGAGGAAUAAUGAAUGGUCAAAAUAUAGAUUAUUAUGGUGUUCUGACUGAAAUAGUAGAACUUCAAUACCUCGAAGGCAAACGAAUUGUUUUAUUUAAAUGUGAUUGGAUGGAUGUUGAUCACAUUGGGAAAGGAGUGAAGAUAGAUAAACAUGGCGUUGUUAGUGUUAAUACUAACCGAAAGCUAGCAACAAAUGAACCAUUUGUACUUGCAUCUCAAGUAGAACAAGUUUUUUAUGUCAAGGAUAAUCUUCAUCCGAAUUGGUCCAUUGUCUUGAAUGGUCAUUCUACUUAUUUUACGGGUGGUGUUGUCAGUGAAGAAACUUUUCAACAAGAUGCUCAAAAUUUCUCAUGUACAUUUGAGGAAGAUGAAGACUUUAUAAAUUGGAGAGGAAAUGAUCUCGAUGUUAUCAGUACUGAUGUUACCUUAGCUGAUAAUAUUAUUGAAGACAUUGAAUCAGACCCUGAAACCGAUGAUGAAGAUUUGUUAUUAUAAAUAUUUAGAAGUUAUAGAUGCAUAUUUGGUUACACUCAAUUAAUGUUGAUACUUUUUUUUAUUUGAUCAGCUGUGAAUUUCAAUACUUGAGCUUUAGCCGUGCUCAUGGCAAUGCCGUUAAUGGUCUGAGCUUUGUUGCUUGUCGUCCCAAUUAUAGUAUGUUAAAUUUUAUGCUUCUUUGUUUAAUGAGAAUCCAGGCAUGGACAACUGAAAUUUAGUACGAAUUUUCAAUUCAUAUUCUGCCUUAUAAAGGGACUAACAAGGCAAUAUAUGGGAUGGAUGUUAUGAGAUUGUGAUGGGAUUGCUUCUGUUAACUCUAGUUCCUUUUCUGGGGUGGUUUCAAUCAGAAUUCCAAAAUCAGCAAUUUAAACCCAGAGCAGACAUUUUUACUUUCCAGAUUUUAGAGUAGUGUAUUAUUAGUUUAAGAUUACUAAUAUGUGUGUUAUUAUAUUCCUAAUGUAAACACAGUUUUUGUAGUAGGUUAUUGGCAUUUAUCAAACUACUAUAAGGACAUUAUUUUGUGUGGAGAUUCCAGUUGUAUGUUGUGAAAAAGUAAAAACUAAUUUUCUGUCUUACUUGAAAUAAUGUUUUUCUCACACUAAGCUAAAGGGAGUACUCUUUAGGUGGUUGGCUUAUGAUACUCCUUUAAGGUUGAGGCCACUUAGCCUUU